AAUACCUCCUAAGGUCCCCUCCAACCCUGAUAUUCUGUGAUUCUAGUGUGUCUUGGGGCAGCCAGCCCCUGCCCCGCAGUGCAUGCAGUUAGAGAACAGGACGUGGCGAGAUCGGGGUCCAGGGAGGCUGCAACAAGAGCCUGCCCAGGGGGUCUCAGAUCUGUGCCGCCAGUCCAUGCCUCAGUUUCCCCAGUUAUAAAAUGGGGGUGAUCGCCCUGCCCUGCCUCCCCCGGGGGUUGCCAGGAUAAAUGCCUGAAAGCCCGAGCGGCGCUCGUGUACUGUGGGGACCAUACAAGUGCUCGGGCCAAACGCGGCUCGCUGGGCUGAGAUCCUCUCCGUUUCUGGCCCUGGCGAGGCUUGGCUUUGCAGACGCUGGGCUGUCGUCGGGGUGUCGGGAGCAGAGGGUUUGCUCUGGGGCGCCCACUGAGUGCUCCUCUUUCCUCGUCUUUGCCAACAACGCAAAUAUUUAUCAGCAAGCUGCGUCGGAGGGGACGCGAUCGCGGCUGCCUUAUCAGCCGGCGUGGGCCAGAGUCAAUAUUUUCACCCCCUCUGUGCCUCCGUGCUCAGGCAGUGUUUUCCCUGCACCUCUUGUUCGUGGAUCUCUUAUCUGCCAAAGAAAAUAAUAUUUACCAAUGCCGGCAUUCCUGCCUGCUGCUUACUACUUAAUGUCUUUCCCACCUUCCUGGGGCCAUCUGUGACUCUUUGGUCCUGGCGGUCUGGAUUUGGCCUGCCAUCCGCCUGUUGACUGCCCCAGAUGCGUUUGGAGCUGUACAAACCCCCAACUAGUUGGGUCCUGCCCCAACAGGUCCCCUUCCUUAUUAUGAGCUGCUGACCGUGAACCAUUCGAUCGGGCAUCUCUGGAAUGGGUUUUUUUUUCCCCCAAGGUCUGGGUGGUGGAUCCAAGGUAAGGAAAUUGGGUGACACGGUUAGAAAGGAUCCAGAUGAAAAUUUUGGAUUAAAUUGUAGGUCUCCCCGCUCAGCCCCCCAGUUUGUAAAAAUUUUUCCAAAUUUCUCACAUGGGAAAAUGUGGGAAAUCUCAAAUUCUCCUGGGCUGGGAAACCUCCCAAAUCUGCCUCGUUACCGGCCCUGUAGGGCCUUACAACAAAAAUCCUGGCACGUCCUGCUUGGCUCUGUUUUCCCCUGAUCGGAUUUUUUUUUUUUUUUUUUUUUUGGUGCCCUGCCAGCAGCUGGCAUGAGGUUUGUUGAUGCUUUUGCUGGUUGAUUAUGCAGGCAGACCUGGUUCCCAUUGGUCGGCCCGCUCGGCCAAUGAGAGCCGCCCCGGAACCUGGGGUGGCAGCACUACGGUCCACGUGCGGGGCUGUGUAACACGGCACUGACAUCACCCGGCGGUCGGCCAAUGGCGAGGCCGCCGGGCGUUACACAAUUGGGGGCAGCGUCUCUGCCGGAGCCACCGGGCGCGGGUGGCAUUUGGGGGGCACCCGGCUGCAGAGGAUGCACCCUGGAGCCCUGGGCAGCCAAGAGAAGCCGGCCGGCCGUGGUGGGGUUUGCAGCAGCAAAGAGAGGCAGAACCCCAGAGACGUGCCACUGUCACUGUACAGCCUACGACGUCUCUGACUGGAUCUGUCUCUAGCCCCGAACCUUGCACCUCCGCGCAGGCUGGGUGAUGUCCCCGGCUCCUCCCCGAUCAUGAGCACCGGCUGCGAGCCAGGCCAGACGCCCUUCGAGGGGGCAAGUGUGGGCGGGGCCGGCUCCGGAGCCCCCCGGCGGACCCGGGCCCAGGGCCGGGCCACCGACGACAUGGACGCCAACAGCAACGGCUCCAGCGGCACCGAGUCGCGCGGGCGGGACUCCCUGCGCAGCGACCGCAGCAGCAGCGGGAACGGCAAGGACUCAGCCCUGCUCGAGACCACAGAGAGCAGCAAGAGCACCAACUCCCAGAGCCCGUCUCCCCCUAGCAGCUCCAUCGCCUACAGCCUUCUGAGCACCAGCUCCGAGCAGGACAACCCCUCCACCAGCGGCUGCAGCAGCGAGCAGUCUGCGCGGGUGAAGACCCAGAAGGAGCUGAUGAAGGCGCUGAAGGAGAUGAAGAUCCGGCUGCCCUCGGAGAAACGCGGCAAGGGCCAGUCGGGCACCUUGGCCACCUUGCAGUACGCGCUGUCCUGUGUCAAACAGGUCCAAGCCAGCCACGACUACUACCAGCAGUGGACCAUUGACGAGAACCAGCCCUGCCACCUGGAUGUGGCCAGUUACACCAUCGCCGAGCUGGAGGGCAUGACCUCCGAGUACACCCUAAAGAACCCUGACACGUUCGCCGUGGCCGUCUCCUUUGUCACGGGCAAGAUCCUUUACAUCUCGGACCAGGCGGCCUUCGUCCUGCACUGCAAGAGGGACGUCUUCAAGGGGACCAACUUUGCCGAGUUCCUCGCCCCCCAGGAUGUCAGCAUCUUCUACGGCUCCACCACCCCCUUCCACCUGCCCUCCUGGAGCGCCUGCACCUCGGCCACUGCUGCCGCUGUGGACUACACCCAAGAGAAAUCGGUCUUCUGCCGGAUCAGUGGAGGCCAUGCCCGUGGGCGGGAGCUGUGUUACUUCCCCUUCCGGCUCACGCCUUACCUGGCCAAGGUGCGCCCCGCAGACAGCGCCGAGGGCCAGCCCUGCUGCCUGCUCAUCGCCGAGCGCAUCCACUCGGGUUACGAAGCUCCCCGGAUCCCGCCCGAUAAACGGAUCUUCACCACCAGACACACCCCCAGCUGCUUGUUCCAGGACGUGGACGAGAGGGCUGCCCCCCUGCUGGGUUACCUCCCCCAGGACCUGAUUGGCACGCCCGUCCUCUUCUACCUGCACCCGGAGGACAGGCCGCUCAUGCUGGCCAUCCACAAAAAAAUUCUCCAGCACGGCGGGCAGCCCUUCGACCACUCCCCGCUCCGUUUCUGCACCCGCAACGGCGAGUAUGUCACCAUCGACACCAGCUGGUCCAGCUUCGUCAACCCCUGGAGUCGCAAGGUCUCCUUCGUCAUGGGGCGCCACAAAGUGCGCACGGGUCCCCUUAACGAAGACGUCUUCACGGCCCCCAAGGCACUGAAGAUGCGGCCGCUGGAGCCCGACAUACAGGAGCUCUCGGAGCAGAUCCAUCGGCUGCUCCUUCAGCCUGUGCACAGCAACGGCUCCAUGGGGCUCUGCAGCAUGGCCAGCAACGCCUCCCACGAGCAGUUCCUGAGCGCGGCCUCCUCCAGCGACAGCAAUGGCCUCCCCGCCGAGGAGACAAGGGCCCAGAGGCCGAUGACCUUCCAGCAGUUCUGUAAGGACGUGCACAUGGUGAAGAACCGGGGCCAGCAGGUGUUUAUCGAGUCCCGCGCCAAGCCGCCAGCUGCCAAGCCCCCCUGCGCAGGCCUGGAGACGCCCCAGGAUGGCGCCGGGCUGGGCAGGGAGGCCCCGUGUGAGGUGCAGCGGGGCCCGGGCCAAGUGGGCGCUUCCGAGGAGUCUGGCCAGAAGGAGCCCUCCAGUUACUCCUACCAGCAGAUCAACUGCCUGGACGGGAUCAUCCGGUAUCUGGAAAGCUGCAACAUCCCCAGCCGGGUGAAGCGGAAAUGCGGCUCCUCCUCGUACACUGGCUCCUCCAACUCGGACGACGACAAACAACGGGCAGGCAGGGAGGCGGCCGACUUAGCCAAAGAUGCGGCGGAGGAAAUGCUGCCGAGCCGGUCCAGGAGGGAGGAGGAGGAGCCCGCCGCGGCGGUGGGACCCCCGCUGGCCCCGCUGGCGUUGCCCAGCAAAGCCGAAAGCGUGGUGUCCCUCACCAGUCAGUGUAGCUUCAGCAGUACCAUCGUCCACGUGGGAGAUAAGAAAGCCCCAGAAUCGGACACGGCGAUGCUGGAGGAGGGCCCCGGCCCCGCGCCCCCCGACCGGGAGCAGUACCGCCGUGUGGGGCUCACCAAGGAGGUGCUGUCCGUGCACACCCAGCAGGAGGAACAGGCUUUCCUGACUCGUUUCCAGGAGCUCAGCCGCCUCCACGUCUUCGACAUGCCGCCUGGGCGCAGCCGGCAGGAGGGACCGGGCGCAGAGCCAGGGCACUGUGGCCUGCGGCGGGGCGCCGGCCGGCGCGGCAAAUCCAAGGCUAAGCGCGUCAAGCAGCACAAGGCGUCCGACAGCACCGGCUCCCCGCCUCCCCCCGGCCCUUGGCCCCCCUCGGCCGCCUCCCUGCCCUUCCCCGCCGUGCUGCCCGUCUUCCCGCCCAGGCAGCCCUGCGCCGAGCCCGCCCCCCACUUCCCUGCCCCCCUGGUGGCCCCCAUGGUGGCCCUGAUGCUCCCCAACUACGUCCUGCCCCCGCCAUACUUCCCUCCCCGCCUGCCUGCCCCCCCCGAGGCCUCGCGCUCCACCACGCCCGAGCGGCCCAACUCGCCCCCCUUCGACUCCCACUGCAGCUCCCCGCUCCAGCUCAACCUGCUGCAGAUGGAGGAGGCCCCCAAGGUGGCCGAGCGGCAGGAGGUGCCUGGCGGCCAGGCCGGGCCGGGAGGUGGCAGGGCCAGCAGGACGCCUGGGGCCAGCGAACUCGGCCCACAGAAAGAAACCUGUCUGGCGGAAGGUCAGGACUCCUCCAACAACGACGCCCUGUCCAGCUCCAGUGACCUGCUGGACCUGUUGCUGCAGGAGGACUCGCGCUCCGGGACCGGCUCGGCCACCUCGGGCAGCGGCUUCAUGCACAGCGGCUCCAAUGGCGGCAGCACCUCAGCCAGCGGCACCACCAGCAGCAAAAGCAGCCACACCAGCAAGUACUUCGGCAGCAUCGACUUGUCGGAGCCAGAGCGGGCAGGGCAGCCGCCGGGCGGGGCGGGGGCUGGCGAGCAGUUCAUCAAAUACGUGCUACAGGACCCCCUCUGGCUGCUCAUGGCCAACACUGACGAGAAGGUCAUGAUGACCUACCAACUGCCCGACCGCCCCGCGGCCGCUGUGCUGCAGGCCGACCGGGAGAAGCUGCGGGAGAUGCAGAAGCAGCAGCCGCGCUUCACGGAGGAGCAGAAGAAGGAGCUGGCCGAGGUGCACCCUUGGGUGAAGAAGGGGCUGCUGCCCAAGGCCAUCAAUGUCACGGCCUGUGUGGACUGCGGCAGUAACCCGGCCUCCCACCUGGCGCCCCUCUACGACACGGAGCCGCACGCCAUGGAGCUGAGCGCCACGCUGGAGCCCAUGGAGGAGGGCAGCAGUGCCCCCCCCUGCCCAGACAUGGCCAUGGAGGAGGAGGAGGCGGGGCAGCCGGCCCGGCCCGAGGCAGGCACCGAGAACGCUGGCUGAGGCCCCAGCCCGCCUCCCCGCACACUCCCAGGCAGCGCCGGCUGCCCCUCGGAGCCGGCCACCGCACGGGAUGGACCAGAAGUGCCAGCCCAGCCCUGGCCCCGGGACUCAGCCAGGCCGAGUGCAGAGCCGAGCCGGGCCCUGCUCCGGACCCUACCCUGCCCGCAGGCGCCCCCCGGAGGCCGGGGCUGGCCCUGCGCAGGGCGGAGUAUUUAUUUUUGGAACGUGUUUUUUGUACGAAAAGGCGGGACAAUAAACCGCAGCCACGGCUGUUCCCCGUGGGCGGCGACGUCCCAGCAAGA